ACACCUUUUAUGACGGAAUCCAUCACCUCUGCUAUGACGGAGAACGAACAAACAAGAAGCUGCAACUGCAAGUAACAACUGAGGCGCAUCCAUUUUCGCAUAACAUUCCCAUCAAAAAUCCGAAAAAUGAGAAAGUUCGAUCCAUGGCCAGUUUUCUUCAAGCGAGAAUGGAAAAAGAACUGGCCAUUCGUCGUUGGAUUCGCAAUCACCGGAACUAUAAUCACCAAGUUCUCUCUCGGUCUUACUGAGGAAGAAGCUAAGAAUUCGAAAUUCGUUCAGCACCACAAGAGGUAA